CUCUGACUCCACUGCAUUCUCUGCUCCUUUCUUGCUUGCUUUGCUCUCCGCUUUCUCCCUCUUUUUUUUUUUUUUUUCUUUUUUCUUCCUCUUCGUCUUCCACUGUGUUUGGAAGGUUAGAGGGAAAGCGACAGGAGCUUCGAGUGAGUUGAGAAGAAAAUGGAAAUGGCGGUGUCUACGAGAUGGACCUCUGUGUGUUUAGCUCUGCUUCUCGUGUUGAUCGUAGGUGUAAUGGCGACUGUGCAGGAGAAAGAGAUCUCUAGUUCCAGGUCUACAGGGAAGGUUGAGUUGAAUGAACAUGCUGUGGAUGACCCAGAUAAUGUUGCUGACGAGGUUGCUGCCUUGGUUGAAAUGAGCGCGCGCAACCACACUGAGAGGAGAAAACUGGGCUACUUCUCUUGUGGAACUGGCAAUCCAAUUGAUGACUGCUGGCGGUGUGACGCCAACUGGCAAAAGAACCGCAAGCGCCUUGCUGAUUGUGGAAUUGGUUUUGGCCGGAAUGCCGUUGGCGGACGUGAUGGCCGCUUCUAUGUCGUCACUGACCCACGCGAUGAUGAUCCUGUUAACCCAAAACCUGGCACUUUGCGCCACGCUGUUAUCCAGGACAAGCCUCUCUGGAUUGUCUUCAAAAGAGACAUGGUCAUUCAAUUGAAACAGGAAUUGAUCAUGAACAGCUUCAAGACCAUUGAUGGUCGUGGCGCCAAUGUCCACAUUGCCAACGGAGCGUGUAUCACGAUUCAAUUUGUUACUAAUGUCAUCAUUCAUGGUCUCCACAUCCAUGAUUGCAAGCCAACUGGAAAUGCUAUGGUGCGAAGUUCCCCCACUCACUUUGGGUGGAGGACAAUGGCCGAUGGUGAUGCCAUCUCAAUUUUUGGAUCAAGUCACAUCUGGGUCGAUCACAAUUCGCUCUCUAAUUGUGCCGAUGGCCUCGUUGAUGCUGUCAUGGGUUCUACUGCGAUUACCAUUUCCAACAAUCACUUCACCCACCACAAUGAGGUUAUGUUGCUGGGUCAUAGCGAUUCGUACACGAGAGACAAGCAGAUGCAAGUGACCAUUGCCUACAACCAUUUCGGAGAGGGACUUAUUCAGAGGAUGCCCAGGUGCAGACACGGUUAUUUCCAUGUGGUGAACAAUGACUACACGCACUGGGAAAUGUAUGCAAUUGGUGGAAGUGCAAACCCCACCAUCAACAGCCAGGGGAACAGAUACAACGCUCCAGCUAACCCGUUUGCCAAGGAGGUGACUAAGAGGGUGGAAACUGCUGCAAGCCAGUGGAAGAGCUGGAACUGGCGGUCAGAGGGAGACCUUUUGCUCAACGGAGCAUAUUUCACUCCUUCUGGUGCAGGAGCCUCGGCCAGCUAUGCCAGAGCCUCAAGUUUGGGUGCCAAGUCCUCCUCCAUGGUUGGUACCAUUACUUCUAAUGCCGGUGCUCUACCCUGCCGAAGAGGAAGGCAGUGCUAGGGAGAGUACAAUCCCACUUACUAAUCUGGCCUAAGAAAAAAAAAAAAAGGCCUUAUUAUAUCAAUUCCUGUUUUUUAAUUUUCCUCUACCUACCUACCCACCCAAAUAUCCGACCAUUGUUUCACUACCACCACCUACCCUUUUGCCCUCACAUAUAUUGACAAGUGUACAUUUUUUACACAUUGUCAUUAUAUUCUUCUCCUAUUCCACUCUGUCAAAUGUUUAUUUUCUCAACCUCGGCCUGCUUCGCCCGAAAGUAAACUAUUCCAUUCUAGGAGCAGGUGCGGAAGCGUUGUUGAUUUUUUUUUUUUUUUUUUUUUUGGGUCAUUUUUUUUCACUUCCCAUUCUGGGUUAUUAUCCAGCUUCAUCCAAAAUUCUCCCUAACCGCCAGUUGGAUACUUCCAUGUCUCUAGUCUCACUCACAAUUCCUUUUCUUCCUUCUUCUGGGUCUCUAUUGAGUUUAUAGGUUCUGAAUGAUUGGUGAUUUUCUUUCCUCUUUCUUUUUUUUUAUUUUAAGUUUACUUUAUUUGUUGUGUCUAGUCAUACGAUCAAAAUAGUAUGGAUGUCAAACUUCUGAGUCAUUGGAAAUUUUAUUACAGAUGAUGCAUAGCAAUAGCAGUGAUGUUCUUUCA